GCCGGAGUCGGAGCCGGGCAGCCAGCGCUGAGGCCCGCGGACUGAUGGACCCGCCCUGUGCCCUAGGGCUCUGGGCGCUGCUGGCCCUACCCGGGGCCCUGGGCAGCGGCGCCCAGGACAGCGAGGGCUCCAGCAAUGUCACUGUGGUCCUGCUGCUGCUGCUCCUGCUGCUGCUGGCCACUGGUCUGGCCCUGGCCUGGCGCCGCCUCAGCCGCGACUCAGGCGGCUACUACCACCCGGCCCGCCUGGGCGCAGCGCUGUGGGGCCGCACCCGCCGCCUGCUCUGGGCCAGCCCACCAGGCCGCUGGCUGCGGGCCCGGGGUGAGGUGGAGUCCACAGAGGAGGACCCCGAGCGGCAAGAGGAUGAGGACGUGGAGGAUGAGAGCUUUGACGGCGGCCAGGAGGAGGCCAAACCCCGGGAAGAGGAGCGGCGUGGUGGAGAGCAGCCCGGCCCACAGCGGGGCCCAGAACCUGUGCAGGAGGCACUCAGCGGCGACGCGGAAGGGGGCCUGGGCCUCGGCCUCGGCUCCCAGGGCCCGGAGGGCUCCGCAGGCAGCGCCGAGGCCCUCCUGAGCGACCUGCACGCCUUCGCUGGCAGCGCAGCCUGGGAUGACAGUGCCAGGGCCCCUGGGGGCCAGGGCCCCCAUGUCACCGCCCUGUAGGGGCCAGCCCUGGGGUCAAUUCCCUGUCACUGUGCUCUGCUUCGCCCGCCGCCGUGACUGGACACUGCCUGCCCUGGACCCCCAUGUCACCCACGCCCCCACGUGGAGAGCCUCAGACUGUCACUCCGCCUCUUAGUUUUGUCCCCAAAGCUGUGCAUCCCCGCCCCAUCCAGGAUGGCUGCCCACCUGAAAUAAAACCUUUC